AUGACCAGAAUAGGAGAGGCACUGAGCAGGGCCAAAAUCAAACAAGACUGUAGGAUUGAGGCUUUGGCUCAAGCUAUCACGCAGGUGUUCUCAAGGAAAGAUAAAAGAAAAUUGAAAGAUAAGAUCUCUGACAUUUCUGAGGGCUGUGAUAUAGAGGGCAGAGCUUCCAAACAUAGGACUGAGAAGACAGCCUCUCAGCUUCUAGGUCUGAUUGUGUUUGAUAGAGCCAACAUGCUCCCCGAGAGAAGCAACACACGUUUCUGCCCCAGUGUCCUUAGCAGCUGGGAAGGAAUCAUGAAGAGGCAGCUGAGAACAUCCCUCAUGCUCCUGUGGAUGCAGCUUUUUUGGGCAAGAGGGCAGAUAAAGGUGGACCAGAGUCCUCAGGUCCUGAUCCUCCCGGAAGGAGCCAACGUAUCGCUGCAAUGCAAAUGGUCAAGCGCUGUGAAUAACUUGCAGUGGUUCAAACAGAACCCUGGGGAAGGCCCUGUCUUCCUAUUUUUCAUGGCUUCGGGGAUGAAGCAGAUAGGAAGAUUCAGCUCCAAGAUGAACUCCAAGGACCGUCUCAGCUCUCUGCACAUCACUGGCUCCCAGAGGGGAGACUCAGCCACCUAUUUCUGUGCAGUAGACACAGUGCUCCUCAGGCACCUGCAGGCUGUGCACAAACACUGUGGCUCAGGCUCCAAAUACAGUCCUGCCAGGGACACGUAA